GCGGGGGUCCUCCCUGGCGGCCGCCGCUGAGCCCCCGCGGGGCCCGUGACGCCGCGGCCGAUGUGGCCCCGAGCGCUGCGGGCCUGCACCGCCGCCUCACAAAGACGCCGCCGGAGCCGCCGCCGCGGGAGCCGGAGCCCGAGCCGGGGGGCAGGAGGCGGCGCCCGCGGGGCCCCGGCAUGGAGAAGCGGGCGGGCGCGGGCCCGGAGGGGGCGCCGGGCGCCCGGGCGCAGCUCGCCGUCGUCUGCCUGGUGAACAUCGUCCUCACUGGGCGGCUCAGCAGCGCGGUUCCUGCCUUGGCCGCCUGCAGUGGGAAGCUGGAGCAGCACACAGAGCGGCGCGGCGUCAUCUACAGCCCGGCCUGGCCCCUCAACUACCCGCCCGGCACCAACUGCAGCUGGUACAUCCAGGGCGACCGUGGGGACAUGAUCACCAUCAGCUUCCGCAACUUUGACGUGGAGGAGUCUCACCAGUGCUCCCUGGACUGGCUCAUGCUGGGCCCCGCGGCCCCGCCCCACCAGGAGGCCUUCCGGCUGUGCGGCUCCGCCAUCCCGCCCGCCUUCAUCUCUGUCCGGGACCACGUCUGGAUCUUCUUCCACUCGGACGCCUCCAGCUCCGGCCAGGCCCAGGGCUUCCGUCUCUCAUACAUCCGAGGGAAGCUGGGCCAGGCCUCUUGCCAGGCAGACGAGUUCCGUUGUGACAACGGCAAGUGCCUGCCGGGCCCCUGGCAGUGCAACACCGUGGAUGAGUGUGGCGAUGGCUCUGAUGAGGGCAACUGCUCGGCACCUGCCUCUGAGCCACCGGGCAGCCUGUGCCCUGGGGGCACCUUCCCCUGCAGUGGAGCGCGCUCCACGCGCUGCCUGCCUGUGGAGCGGCGCUGUGACGGCACGCAGGACUGCGGCGACGGCUCCGAUGAGGCUGGCUGCCCCGACCUGGCGUGCGGCCGGCGGCUGGGCAGCUUCUAUGGCUCCUUUGCCUCCCCAGACCUGUUUGGAGCGGCCCGCGGGCCCUCAGACCUCCACUGCACGUGGCUGGUGGACACGCAGGACCCGCGGCGCGUGCUGCUGCAGCUGGAGCUGCGGCUGGGUUACGACGACUACGUGCAGGUGUACGAGGGCCUGGGCGAGCGGGGGGACCGCCUGCUGCAGACGCUCUCCUACCGCAGCAACCACCGGCCCGUGAGCCUUGAGGCCGCCCAGGGCCGCCUCACUGUGGCCUACCACGCCCGUGCCCGCAGCGCCGGCCACGGCUUCAACGCCACCUACCAGGUCAAGGGCUACUGCCUCCCAUGGGAGCAGCCGUGCGGGAGCAGCGGCGAGGGUGAUGAGGGUGACCCGGGCGAGCAGGGCUGCUUCUCGGAGCCCCAGCGCUGUGACGGCUGGUGGCACUGCGCCAGUGGCCGUGAUGAGCAGGGCUGCUCCGCCUGCCCGCCUGACCAGUACCCCUGCGAGGGUGGCAGCGGCCUGUGCUACGCGCCUGCCGACCGCUGCAACAACCAGAAGAGCUGCCCCGAUGGCGCCGACGAGAAGAACUGCUUCUCCUGCCAGCCUGGCACCUUCCACUGUGGCACCAACCUGUGCAUUUUUGAGACGUGGCGCUGCGACGGCCAGGAGGACUGCCAGGAUGGCAGCGACGAGCACGGCUGCCUGGCAGCGGUUCCCCGCAAGGUCAUCACGGCCGCCCUCAUCGGUAGCCUUGUCUGCGGCCUGCUGCUCGUCAUCGCCCUGGGCUGCGCCUUCAAGCUCUACUCGCUGCGCACGCAGGAGUACAGGGCCUUCGAGACCCAGAUGACGCGCCUAGAGGCUGAGUUUGUGCGGCGGGAGGCUCCCCCGUCCUACGGGCAGCUCAUCGCGCAGGGCCUCAUUCCACCCGUGGAGGACUUUCCCGUCUACAGCGCUUCCCAGGUCUCGGUGCUACAGAACCUGCGCACGGCCAUGCGACGACAGAUGCGCCGGCACGCCUCCCGCCGCGGGCCCUCCCGCCGCCGCCUCGGCCGCCUGUGGAACCGGCUCUUUCACCGGCCGCGGGCGCCGCGCGGCCAGAUCCCGCUGCUGGCCGCUGCGCGGAUCUCACAGACGGUGCUGGGCGAUGGGCUCCUCCGGCCGGCACCGGGGGCCGCCCCGGACCCCCCGGCACCCCUCACGGACACGGGCAGCCCCAGAGCAGCUGGGGACAGGCCCCCCAGUGUCCCCUGCCAUGCACCAGAGGUGGGACCUUCCGAGCUGCCCCCCUCAGGCCUGCGGGACCCGGAGUGCAGGCCAAUGGACAAGGACAGAAGGGCCUGCAGGGACACUCUGGUGGACAGCCCAGCCCCUGUGGACACGCCUUGGGAGCCCUGCUCGGCCCAGGACCCUCACUCUCUGGCCUCCUCGGCCAGCAGCACCCUAGGCCCCCACCCGCCAGAGCCACUGGGUAUCUGCGGGAGCCCCCCGCCACCCUGCUCCCCAGCGUUGGAGGCCAGUGACGACGAGGCCCUGCUGGUGUGCUGACCUGCUGGACACGCUGGUGACCGCCACAGCCCCGCUUUGUAACCAGGGAAUACACAGUCGUUCCUGCCCUGCCUCCGCAUCCUUCUUUCUUACGGGGAGACCCACCCAGAAGCCCAGCCAGCUCGCAGCAUCGGCACCCCCUCACCCCUGGUGGGCGUGGCAGGCUGGGGCUGUGGGGGCUUGACCUGGGGAGGAGGGCCGAGUGAGGAGCCCCACGGCGGGGCCCCUGUGUCCACACAGGCACCCUGGGGUCCCACUUCUACCUCCCCCACUCCAUUCUGGGAAUCCAUUUCCAGAGAAGUGGGAGGGCCGGGGCGGGGCUCUCGGGAGUGUUUUCUGUGGCUUCUCUAUUCAUUUGCCCCAUGGGGCACCCGGGCUGUGCCCAGACUGAACAGAGCGGUGGGUGGGCACAUGGACCUGUUCCAUGGUGGGUGCUCUGCUGGCAGUGAACCCUCCUCCAUUCUCCCAGCAGGCCCUGGAGGAGCUGCGCUAGGAGGCUUCUGCCCCGUCCUCAUGUCUGCAGUGUCAGCAUGGACCUGGCCAGGCGGGUGCCCUUCGCCCUCUGGCUGAGGGGUCCGUCUCCCAGGAGGGUGGGUCUGGGAAUGUGGGCCCGGGCUAGAGAAAGCCCAUGAGUUUCCUGCAGGCCGAGGCCCCUGGGAGAUGCUGCUCAGCCUUCGCAGGACAGAG